CUGGUCACGCCAAAGCCACAUCUGAGCUCGACAUAUAUCUAGGCCAGCAGCUGGCUGCAAGGGCCUUCACGAUGCUCGCCAGAGACUUCAAGCGGCUACUGCUUGUCGUGGUCCCUGUGGCCGUUAUCAUCUGCACCAUUGUCAGAUUCUAUCACUCCAGUCCGCUGGACAUCCAGGCGUCCCACCAAGAGAUAUUCUCGGUGUCGACCCUCGAUAGGAAAUAUUUUGCCAUUGACUUUGCCGGGGAGCUCAAUGGGAUGAAUCCCAACAUUAUCCCGCAUCCCACGCUGGCCAGUACGUGGAUUGUGGUGGCACAGCUGGUGCGGAGUGCGGAAGAGCAGAGCGUUUAUUUCACAGAGCUCGUCUGCAACGCCGUCUUCCAAGAUGGCGUCUUGCGGUGCCUUGCGCCUCCCACAGCGCUUCCUGUGGCACCAACGCAGGGCAACAAUUGCAACGGCGACCUGGCCUUCUUUGGCCUCAACGUUGGCCCUCACGAUGCCCGCGUUCUCUACGGACCAGAGAGCCCCUACAUCGUUUACGGGUCGAAUUCACAGUUUACUUGCUUUGGCCAGUUCAUUCAGGACUUCCGCCAGCUCGUCGACUGGGGAGCAGCCCCGGCGACUGGUCCCAUGGAUUUCCUCACAGGCACAGAGCUGCAGCGCCCCCUGCCGUGGGGUGCCGUUGAGAAGAACUGGUUCCCUUUCUGGGAUCCGGACGGGCAGAUGUAUGUCCAUUACGACAUUGCGCCCCAGCGAGUCUUUGCCCGGGCCCAGGCCGAUGGCUCCGUCAGCGUCAACCUAGCGGUGCUCACCGAGGCGGAAGACGAAAAGUGCCUCGCAAAGUACAUGCCCAAAGCCGACAGCCCUCUCGAAUCGGUCCAUCAAGCAAGCAAUUCUCUCAAGAUCACCUUGUGCAAGCGGCCAGACGCCGGCUGCGUGCCGAACAAGGACAACACCUUCAUCUUCACCAUCUGGCAGCACAAGACCUUCUACAACUUCCACGGCGUCUACGAGCCGUACGUCAUGCUCUUCCAGCAGGAGGCGCCCUUUGCCAUACACGCCGUGUCGAGGCGGCCCCUCUGGAUCCACGGCCGGCAGCAGCACUUGGACUUGCUCACCUCGGACAUGUUCUACGUCACGUCGAUUGCGUGGAAGAGCGCCGACCUGCGGUAUCACGGAUACCUGGAUGACGAGCUCUUUAUUGGGUUUGGCAUCGAGGACAGGGCGUCUGGGGCUAUUGAUGUUACGGCAGAGGAGUUGAUGUCGGGACUGGGGCUUUGCAGCGAGGCAUAG